AUGCAUUUCGUCCGAAAAGUGCCGACGAGCGAGGAGGAAAAGGCGGCGAAACGGAAAGAGCACGAAAAACGUUCGCAGCAAUUUUUGCAUGCUCGCGAUCGGAUUGUGAGCAAACGCGAGAAGGGUAAUAGCUGAAAACCGCCUUGAAAUCAAGAAAAAAAUCCAACUUUCCAGGCGAAUACGAUGACGAAAUGCUGUCGCUGACGCAGGCGAUUCUCGAGAAAAACGCCGACAUUUACACGUUCUGGAACAUUCGACGCGAGGCGAUUCAGCAAAGAAUCGAUGCGAAUCUGAAAAUUCAGGAGAAUCACAAAAGUUCGGAGGAGGAGAAGACGAAAAGCGCGCAGAAAAUUGAGAAUUUGCUCGCCGGAGAGCUAUAUCUCUCGUACGAAUGCAUAAAAGUAUGCUUUUUUUGAAUUUAGGUUAUUUUUUCAUAUAAUUGUGUUUCCAGACAAAUCCAAAGUCGUACUCGGCGUGGUACCAACGUGCGUGGGUCUUGCAACGACAAUCCGCGCCGGAUUUGGCCAAAGAGCUCGCGCUUUGCGAAAAAGCUCUGCAAAUGGAUUGCCGGUACGAAUUUCUGAAAGAUUAUUCUGAAAUUUGAUAAAUUUCCAGCAAUUUCCACUGCUGGGACCAUCGUCGAAUCGUCGCGCGCCUCGCGAAACGCUCCGAACAGCAGGAGCUCGAGUUUUCCAAUAAGCUUAUCGAAGAGAACUUUUCCAAUUAUUCUGCGUGGCAUUACAGGUAAUUUAGGGCCUAAACAUGUUGAAAAACUCAAAUUUAAAAUUUCCAGGUCAAUUGCCCUGAAAAGCAUUCAUCGCAACGAAAAAACCGGAUCUGUACGGCUGGACGAUUCGAUUAUCGCCAGUGAGCUUCAGGUAUUCAUUAUUUAUGUAGAAUCUAUAAAACUUUCAAAUUUAGAAAGUGAAAAGUGCGUUUUACAUGGACGCCGACGACCAAAGCGCGUGGUCGUACACCCGAUGGCUUCUGGAGAACGGCUCCGGCAAAGAGUUUUGUGAGUUUCGACAAUGUUCACAAAAUGUCUCAAUAGAGCGCAUUUGCAGUGCGUCCGGACUCGACCACUCCGAUCAGUCUGAUCUCGGCCUCUUUCCACGGGACCAACACAACGCUCGUCUUCUCGCGAGCCGUCACCCUCCACGUUUUGCUCACUUUUGUCGACACUGACGACACCAGCCAAUGGAAAGCGGUGAGUACCGGCUUAAGGCGAAAAUUUGAUGGAAACCACGCAUUUCCAGUUCUCCUCAACGUCUCCGUCGCCGUCUUCGAGCCGCGUCUGGCAGUUCCACUCGCAGACCCCGCUCCGAAUUGCCACCAACUGGGCGGACGUCACGGAUGGCGCGUGGAUCGAAAUCGACGGAAAACCGUUUGUGGACGAGACGAAACUUAAGUUGAUCUACGAUAUUGUCGAACCGAAACAGCCGGAACACAUCGGCGAGCUUCUGGACGAUUGCAAACAGCUCAUCGAGUUGGAGCCCAAGAAUAAGGUAGAAAUGGCGUCCAACACCAUCAUCAAUUCAUUUAUUCUUCUUUCAGUGGCCCCUCUACAUGCGCACCCUCGUCCUUAUGGAAUACCAGCCGAUUUCGGCGCACAAAGAAAUUAUCGGCGCGCUGAAAUCGCUCGCCGAAGCACUAGAUCCGAAACGCGCCGAACUCUAUCGCGCGCUCAUCUCGCGUCAAAAUCUGAAUCUCUGUGUCCGCGAUCAGUUCGCACGCCUUCUGGACUCGCAGUCCGACGAGCUCGUCGUCCGAUAUUCCGAAUUGAGCAGUCUGGAGGGCGUCGAGUAUCUGGCCGGCCUGGUCGGAUCCGCGGAUCUGUCGGGGAAUCAGUUGAAGGACGUUCAUCGCAUUGUUCUGCCCAAUUUGCACUCGUUGACCAUCAAUGAGAACCCCAUUGAGAGGUAUAACAAUUCUACAUCAAUAUUGUGAUCCUUUGUGGUCCAACUUCCAAAACCCUCCUCUUUUGCAGUCUGUCUCCGUCCCCAUCGCUCGCUCACCUCCAAUUCCUCUCGAUCGCCUCCACUCGGAUAUCGUCCGUCUCCCAACUGGCGCCCUUUUUCCAAUCGGUUCCCGCUCUGACCCGACUCGUUUUCUGUGAGACUCCACUCGUCGAAAAGACGGCCGAACUGAGGACACAAUUGCCGGCGGUCCGUCUCAUUCCGCACUGGUUGUGA